GCGGGGCGGCGCGACAUCGCCGCGCUCGGCGCCACCGCCACCCGUCGCGAGGCGAGACAGCGGCACCGAGCCGCCCGCGAGGCUGCCACCCAGCCCCUCGCGCAGGCUCGCGGCGAGCCUGGCUCCUGGAAGGACCGCGAGCUGGCGGCGAGGCCGGCGCUGCUGGCGCCGUUUGCCCGGGGGCGCGCUGCCCUCGGCCACCGCCGGAACGCCGCGCCGCGCGCUCAGCGAGUCCCGCCAGGCGGAUUCGCCCACGCGCCCGCGGCGGACAUCGCGCGGGCCUCUGCAGGCCCCGGCUCGGCAGAGGCGGCGCCGAGCCCACCUCGCGCGGAACCGCGCCGACCGUCGGCGCAGCUGGACGCGGAGGCCCAGCGCUUGGACGCCUCGCCCCUCGCCGCCUGGCCGCCCCCCCAUCCUGGCGAGGUGGGCGAGCGCGACCCGUGCCCCCACGCGCCCGACGCGCCCGAGGACGAGGACGGGAAGGCGGCGGAGCAGCCGCGCGACCGGGGAUGCCCCGCGCUGCGCGGAGAGCACGGUCGCGCUGAGCAGGCCAAUCCUAUCGCGCUGUUCGCGCGGGCGCUCAUCCGCUUCAAGAAGAGCAUGCUGGCCCUCGGCGACGAAGACGAGAUCAUCCUGACGGUCGCGACGGCGACCGCGCGAGCGGCUUUCGGCGGGGGCGACGGGCCCCACGCGGAGACGGACGAUAGUUUCGCAGGCGCCAGCGCGUCGGAAGCGCCUUCUCGGGGCGCAGCUGUCCUUCAUGCUGCUCUUCACCACCCCGAUGCUCCCGACGCGCGCCUGGACUCCACGUCGGACGUGGCUCGCGCCAUGGAGGUGGGCGACGCCUCCUUGCCCAAGCGCACGCCCCUCCGCUUCGACGCGCCCCACCCCUUCGCCCCAAGCCUUGGCGCCGCCACCGCGAACGACGCCGCCGACGGGGAGGCGGAGGAGAGCGGCCCUCGG